AUGUUACGUUAUUUAUACGAAGUCGAAAUUCAGACGAAGCUCUCAAAGUCAUUCUAUGCAUCACACUCAGUUAAAGCAUACUUUCAUACUCUUUUAAUUAACUGUUUAUUGAGUUUUUUUAAUACUAUUACUGUUUUUAGAUUACAACCGGCAUUACUUACGCGGGAAAAGCAGUUAGAGGCUUGGAGUGAUCUUGUUCUUGAUUAUUGUCAGUUCCACAAGAUAUAUACACUCGUAAUCAGUGAUAUAUCAAAUACAGAACUUUUUUGUAACUCGACUUUAAACAGGAGACUCUCAUCUGAAGGAGUUCGGGCGGUGUUUGACUUUCUGGAACAAAAAAGUUUGUUCUUUACGCGUUUAAAGAAUAGACUUCGGGAAGUCUAUAAUUUCUUUUUAGAACACGUUGAUUGGUUAGACAGCAGUAAAAAUCGGUGUCAUAUAUAUUGGAGAAGACCAGAGGAGUGGGCUAGUCUAAUUUAUAAUUGGGCUGUCAGCAACGCUCAACUCGACAUCCCGCUGACGCUACAUGAGCUCACACGAGGAGUAGAUACAACAAGAGAAUCUUUUUACGGAUUAGACAAAGAUAUUCUUAUCAAGUCUUUAACUGUGCUUGUUGAAGAGGGACGUGCACAGUUUCUGGAAUCUGGGUCGGAAGUCGAAGGCUUUCUUAUAACUUAUCGUUUUCAGUGUUGUUUGUCGUCACAAAGGUCAUUCUUGAAUUUUACCGAAUGUAUUGCUGAAGGUGAUACUGUAAUCGUUUAUGUAAAUUUUGGUACAGUCUACGCGAUUAAAGUAAAAAGAGGGUGCACUUUGCACAUGAAGUAUGGAGCUCUGCGGCACGAGUUUCUUAUCGGAAAAAGGUUUGGGUCUCGUGUUUUGGCUACUGCGGGGUAUGUGUACGCUUUACGUCCGAGUGCAGAAUUAUGGACUCGAUCUUUAAGUAGGAGGACUCAGAUCUUGUACACUCCCGACUGUUCUCUAAUUCUCAUGUUAUUGGAUGCAAGACCGGGAUCGAUAAUUUGUGAAAGUGGGACAGGAAGCGGGUCUUUGUCCCAUGCUUUGGCCAUGAUAAUUGCUCCUUCUGGUCAUCUUUAUACUCACGAUAUAGAGGAGUCGAGAGUGAAGGACAUUGAAAGCGAAUUCAAAGACCAUGGGUUGCAAGAUGUUACGACAUGUGCACUUAGAGAUGUCUGUAUUGAUGGCUUUGUGGUGGAGGAUCUUUGCGAUGGUGUGUUUUUAGACUUGCCAGCUCCAUGGGAUGCAAUCGACCAUGCCAAACGAGCUUUGAGCAAAACUCGGGGAGGGCGUUUAGUUAGCUUUUCACCUUGUAUUGAACAGGUUCAGAGAUGUUGUGAAGUUUUGAGAAGUAGAGGUUUUGUAAAGGUUGAAACUGUUGAACUUGUUCCUAGGAAGUUAAAGGUGACCUUAUGCAAGUUUUAGAAACUGGAGGAGCUGGAUGCAUCUAUAGUACCGAGUGCUUCAAAUAAAAAUGCUGAUGAAAAUAUGGAUUCGUUACCACCGCAAAGCAAAAAACGUAAACUGAUGGACAUUGUAAGUGAUGGAAGCUUAGGUUUAUCUGAUGGAUUAAUUCCGUUUCCACCUGCCCAACCGUCUCACACAGGCUAUUUAACUUCCGCAACGUUAUUGCCGUGUGGUCCAUCAUAA